AUGUACACCAUUUCCAUACUGUCUUUACUCUUUACCAUUGCAUUCUCCGUCUAUGCCCAAUCUUCUCUUUCUGCCCCUAUCUUUUCGUCAAAUGAUGACUGCUCGUGUGGAUACUAUGAUAUCGUGAAUGGAAACCUCUUCACGGAAUCUCUAAUAGUGUAUUUCAAUGAAACCGAUACUCUUUCCGACGACAUCAUACUUCAGUCAUACGAAAACAGAUAUGAGAAGUCUAGCUCUUUAGACAGAAUACAAUUAGACAUACAGGACCUACGUAAUCUGUGGGUGCUACGUCUUCCGUAUCCUUCUCGUACCAACAAGAAGGAUUACAACAGCAUCUUUCGGCAAGGUUCCAAUCCUACAAACGUCAAUUUUCUUAACAGUUCGUUAUUUACGGACGAUAACGAUGAAUCCUGGUCUCUGCCUUCAUCCGGGUCACGUUCUUCGCGACAGAUCUCGUCAAACUCUCCGCACCAGAACGUUUCAUCUACUAUUGGUAGAGGAGGCGAGAACUCUUCAACUGCCAAUGAUCCAAUAUCAUCGUCGUCGCCAUCGGGUAGACCUUUCACUUCGUCCCUGAAACUGUCGGUAGACCCACCGAAUGGUGAUCACUUGGUAACAGGUGGUGGCAUCCGAACUGUGAGACAGGAUAUCAAAUAUGGUUCAGCACGUGCUCAUCUUCGUCUUUCAAAUCAGGGAGUUGGGGCGACGUCCCUCUCGAUGAUGUUUCGAUACAACGAUACAGAAUCAAUGGAAAUCAAUAUUAUGAACACCAACCAAAAUUCGACUUCUUGGGUCACAAGUUUGGUUCAUUUGGAAUUUUCAGAUCCAUCACUUGGCACAAAAUUCAGUACUUUUGCAGGGAAGAACAUAUCGCUAUAUGAUUACAACGAGUUCCGACUGGACUGGACGGAGAGUGAAGUGAAUUGGUGUAUCGGAAGCGCCCUUGUUAGAUCAAUUUCCAAGAAGAAUGACUCCGUACCAUCAACCCCCUCACCCUUCUUUAUCAAGCAUUGGUCUACAGGAAAUCCAUAUUCGAUGCAAGGCCCACCUAUUUCCAUCUCAGAUGCAAAUAUUGGAUGGAUUCGACUCUUUUUCAAUUCGUCAUUGAUGAAUUCUACGGACCAUGCGAAUUUUGAUGCGCAAUGCAACCUUACUGUCGCAUGUUCGAUGGACGAUACAACUCGACGUGGCUCCUCGCCUUUCCCAUCAGCCGCUUCAGAUCCAUGGGAACAGCGUGUUGCCCGUGACACACUUCGGUGGUUAGCUAUUUGGUUUAGCCUCAAGGUUUUCAAGAAAGAGGAGGAUGUCCAACCUAUUCCCGAAGAUGAUAAUAGUGUGAUGAGCCCUCCUUCUUCACCCUACACACACUACAGAGGUGCAAGCUUGACUCCGGCACCCUCAUAUCGGACCAGAAUUGAGUCCUAUAAUUCGGAAUCCUCAACUUUAAUAGCUUCAUUCAAUUUUUCAUCCGCAAGCCAUUCAGUUUCUGCCGGACGAGGCUUGAGUGGCAUCGGAUCUCCUGAACAAAUAUACAGCAAAGUUGACCCCGGAUGGGAUACUUGCGGAAGUACUUCAGGCGAGAAUAGCGACAAUGCAAUAUCUAUCAAUGAACUACCUUCUAACCAACCUCACUCGUGGCCCAACUCGCCCGCCGCUAGUCGAUUUGAUUUUAAUCUCAAUGAAAAGUCUAGACGACUCUCGGGGCUUAAAAAUACUACCACCAUGGACAAGAUACCAUAA